AAGAUUUUAAAAUUACACAGUAUAUAAUAAGACCCCUUGACGUCCCAACCCUUAAACCAAACUCCAGAUAAGAAAUGAGCAAAGCAACGGAAGCCUCUUCCUUCCGUCGUCUAGUCGGCCUUUUUACAUCUUCUCUUUCUUCAACUACCGAUAACAACAUCACCACCGCCAUAACCUCCUCUAAAUCCAAAUCCGAAACACGCAAGCUGCAAAAACUUGCCAGCAAAUUCAAGCAAUGCUCCGAAUCCAACAAAUUCCGCAACAACUACAAAAAAACCUACGCCUUGACUGUUCACCGCCUCGCGUCCGCAAAACAAUUCUCUUUAAUCGAUGACAUCCUCCAACACCAAAAGAAGUACAAAGAAAUCUGCCAGGAAGGCUUUGUAAUCCGCCUCAUUAUGCUUUAUGGUAAAGCAGGCAUGUUCGAAUACGCCCAGAAACUGUUCGAUGAGAUGCCUGAACUAAAAUGUGACCGUACGGUGAAGUCAUUUAAUGCCCUUUUGUCAGCGGUUGUUCAUUCAAAGAAGUUUGAUAAGGCCGGAAAGUUGUUAGAACAGUUACCAGAAAAGGUGGGAAUAGAGCCUGAUUUGAUUUCUUAUAACACAGUUAUUAAGGCCUUCUGUGAGAUGGGUUCUAUGGAUUCAGCGUUUUCAGUGGUUGAUACAUUGGAGAAGAAGGGAUUAGGGCCCGAUAUAGUUACGUUUAACACGCUGCUUGAUGGGUUCUUUUCUAAGGGUCGAAUUGCUGAUGGAGAGGAAAUCUGGGGUUUAAUGGAAAGGAAGAAUGUUGUUCCUAAUAUUAGGAGUUAUAAUUCAAAGUUAAGAGGAUUGGUUAGUGAGAAUAUGAUGUUGAAAGCUGUUGAGAUGUGGGAGGAAAUGGAGAGUAAAGGAAUCCAACCUGAUGUUCACAGUUACACGGCUCUGAUUACGGGGUACUGUAAUGAUGGGAAUUUAGAGCAAGUGAAGAAGUGGUAUAGUGAGCUGAAGAAAAGUUUUUUACCUGAUCGGGUUACUUAUCUUACUCUUAUUUCGUUCCUGAGGAAGGAGAAUGAGUUGGAAAUGGCACUUGAGCUUUGCAAGGAGGCUACGGAUCGACGGCUCAUUGCUGGGGCUGCAUUCAUAGAUGGAUUGGUUAAAGAGUUAAGGAUCGAAGAAGCUAUACAACUCGUGGAAUCAGGCUUGUCGCGAUAUGCUUUGAAGCUGAAAUUCCCUUCGUAGGACUUGAAGAUAUAGUUACUCACAACUCGUAUGCUUGUUUUAUUUUAUUUUAUUUUAUUUUGCUCGUGUUCUAUGCUUGUUCCAGUUUAUCUUAUUUUCAAUCUGGUUUGGGCGUCAUACUUGGCCAGUUUAACCAAUGGUGCUUCGAAAACAUGAUGAAUGAGAUGGAUCUCGGUUUGACCCAUGUGGUUUUGUUUGAAACUUGAAGUUGGAUUGAUGCAAUAAGAAUCAAGGACAUUGACAGAAACAGGACCGCCAUUUAACUGUUCAAAGUAUUCAUAUGGAUUUUCAACUUUGCACUGGUCAAACAACAAUUUUUUGUAGCCCACUGGCUUCAUUUUCGUGGUGGC